CACAAAACUUGCCUGAAACAUUAAAAUAUCGUGAUCCCCAACCUCUUGCCAAGGGUAGUGGUUCCUCUUGGGACUUUCAAGCCUCAGAAGCUUUGAAACAAAUACUUAAGAAUGCUAUUCGUGAUCAUUUCAAAUUUUGGAAGGCUGGACAACUUGAUAAAAUAAAAAUACCGCAAUACUUCAUUCUAGCCGGAGCUGGUGAAGGAAAAUCUCGCACUGCACAGGAAUUGCCAAAUUUGUUGAUCGAAUAUACAAAUGAUGAUAUUAACUUACAAAAUCGACUAAAGUCUGCUUUUGUGUUUAAUAUAUCAUUUGAAAAUGGAACCAAAUUAACUGGGAUGGAAAAAACUAAUUGCAUUAAUGCAAUUGGUAAUCGAAUGCUUUUUCAGUUGUUACAACAGCCUGGUGAAUCUUGGAGUGUGUUUAUGAAUCGAUAUGAUGCAGCACCAGAAGAUGUAUUGCAUAGAAUUGCCAAAUAUUACAAUCAGAAAUUCAAUGAUCUUAAUGUGAUUAUUAUUCUGGAUGGGCUUCAGAUAGCAUUGGAUAACCUCGAUGAUGGAAAGAAUAAACGGUCUUUUUUUUAUGAUUGCAUCACCACGCUUGGCAUCCUUUCAACUUUAGGUCCAUUUAUUAUUAAUUGUUGUACAGCUACAAUCAGCAUGCCCAUUCACGAUUUCCUUGCCAGUUCAGCUCAAUUAAGAAUAUUUCUUCCAACUUCAUUAUUGAAACCUCCCAAAAUAAACAACAGUCCUGUUUUUGCCAAUGAUCCAGUGAUAAAAAUGCUCAUUGAUGAUAUGGGAGGCCACGGACGUGCAUUAGAGGCUUUGGGUGAAGUAAUUAUUGGUAGAGAUUUGAGUGAAGUCAAUUUUAUCGACCUAAUAAAUGAUGUGCGAUCAACUCUUUUAAAAAAUUAUUCAGGAUGGGUAAAUAAAACACAAUAUCUGAAACCUAUGCUUCGUAUUAUUCUAUCACACACACCUGUUAGGAAAGAUGAUAUUAUUACUGGGUUUAAUGGAAAUGAAAUAAAAAUAGAUGAUUUGAUUCAAUUUGGACUUAUUAGGUUUGAAAGUUCAGAUCCUGAUCAAGUUGGUGGUCAUCUAUCGUGUCCAUAUAUUUGGUUAUGGAUUAUGGCUCAUGCAAAUAAUUACAAUGAAAAAGAUCCCUUGCUACGGAAUUGGGAUUUUGCAUACUAUAAGGUGGUACUUAAUAGAAGUGGAGAAUCUAGUAUCCCACCUGGUUGUCAAUAUUGGCAACAUUUUGAAUAUUUUGUUGCACAAUUUCGUUCACUAAAAUCAUACGUCUAUGAGGAAGGACAACAAGUUAAUCUCUGUACUAUUCAUAAUGGUGCAAAACAUAACUUUAUCAAAAAUUCCAUGAUAUAUAAUCAAAAUCUUAUAUUGACACAUUCGGUUAGGAGAGUCAGCACCAAGUCUGGGGAUUAUAAUCAAGAUACAAAAAUCUUGUGUCAGGCUGAAGAAGUUGACAUUGCGGAAGGAAAACAUAUUGUAGUCAAUGCACCUAGUGCUAAAUAUUCUGAUAGCUUUUGUCCAAUAAAAAUGGUAAAUACUGGUCAACUACAAAUGGAAACACACCAAUGCAAAUUGAUAAACAGCAGCAUUUCUCAACAAAAAUUUGAUGAUGAACAUAAAAAAGCAACAAGUCAAGGGGAUAUUUUUAUUUUAUAUACAUCAACAUCUUGCAAGGGACUUGAGCUUCGAAACCCAAUGUCGGCUAUUAUUAGUAAAGAAAAUUGGAAAGAAUACUUUGGUCCUUUUGCUGGGAGGUGCUACAAUUAUGCCUUGGGACCACCAGAUAUUAAUAAAGCAACAUAUACCCAGUUGACUGGAAUUGAGAAAAUUGGAAAAGAACGUGCUAUCAUUAUCAUGAAAGAACGAAAAAGACUCGAAUUCUCUGAUAAGGAAGAUUGUAACAUGAGGACCAAAAUUCCGCGUCAAGACCUUGAUCCCUUUUUUCGGGAUAAUGAGUAA